ACUGCAGCUACAGACGACAGUCACACAAUAUCCAUCUCGAGUCUGGCCGUGCAGACUGCCUCAARGAGAGAGAACGGUGUUCUUAGGAACGAAUGCGUGGGAGUUGCUCACUUCACUCGCCUCCUUUUCCUAGUGGACGAUAGAAGGCGCAUUGGGAGCCCCUUUCCGACCGAGGGAUAGCGAGCUGGCGGAGAGGAACCAGUGCGUCGUCAGUAGACAGAAGAACAGGGCAGUUCCUCCGGACUAUCCAUUUCUAUUAAGUCACAGGCGGUAUCGGAAUCUGGGGGAACCGUGUUUUUUUUUAAAAAUAGUGUCUUUCAAAGCAAUGGACUCGAGAUAGUGGGUCUCAAUUUGCCUCUUUCUUGACAGGGAGUUGCCGUUGGGAGAUAUGCGUAAGGAUGUUUGGAAACAGCAGUAGUAGGUAACCGAUAGGAUGGGGGCCAGGGAAGCGAGUGGGCACAGCUACCUGGUGGCUUGCUGGCAGCCCAUUCUGAUUCUGAUGCUGGGCACCGUACUGUCCGGUUCCACCACAGGCUGCCCGUCCCGCUGCGAGUGCAAUGCCCAGGAGCGCUCGGUCAUAUGCCACCGCAAGAAGCUUAUGUCCGUCCCUGAGGGCAUCCCCACAGAAACGCGGCUGCUGGACCUCAGCAAGAACCGCAUCAAGACCAUCAACAUGGACGAGUUCGCAGCCUACCCCAACCUGGAGGAGCUGGAGCUCAACGAAAACACCAUCUCGGCCAUCGAGCCCGGCGCCUUCAACAACCUGUACGGCCUCCGGACAUUGGGGCUGCGCAGCAACAAGCUCAAACUCAUCCAGCUGGGUGUGUUCACGGGCCUCAGCAACCUCACCCAGUUGGACAUCAGUGAGAACAAGAUAGUCAUCCUGCUGGACUAUAUGUUCCAAGACCUGUACAACCUGCGCUCCAUGGAGGUGGGCGACAAUGACUUGGUGUUUAUCUCCCACCGGGCCUUCCAUGGUCUCAGCAGCCUGGAGCAGCUGACUUUGGAGAAGUGCAACCUGACCUCGGUGCCCACCGAGGCCUUCACCCACCUCCACAGUUUGAUCUUUCUCAGGCUGCGCCACCUCAACAUCUACGUUAUUAAGGAUUACUCCUUCAAAAGACUGUACCGGCUGAAAGUGCUGGAGAUCGCCAACUGGCCCUACCUGGACACCAUGACCUCCAAUUGCCUCUAUGGACUGAACCUCACCUCGCUGACCAUCACCAAUGGCAACCUGACCUCCAUCCCAUACGUGGCUCUCCGGCACUUGGUCUACCUACGGUUUCUGAAUCUGUCCUAUAACCCCAUCCACACCAUUGAGGGGAAUAAGCUCCAUGACCUUCUGAGGCUCCAGGAGUUUCACCUGGUUGGGGGCAGGCUGGCUAUGAUCGAGCCCUACUCGUUCCGAGGCCUAAACUAUCUGAAGAUCUUCAAUGUGUCUGGCAAUGCCUUGAGCACCUUGGAGGAGUCUGCGUUCCACUCGGUAGGCAACCUGGAGACUCUGGCGCUUUACGAUAACCCCUUGGCAUGUGACUGCCGGCUGCUGUGGGUGUUCCGGAGACGCUGGAGGCUCAACUUCAACCGGCAGCAACCCACCUGCGCUUCACCUGAGUUCGUACAGGGAAAAGAGUUUAAAGAUUUCCCGGACGUCCUGCAGCCCAACUACUUCACGUGUCGCAAGUCCAGGAUCCGGGACCGCAAGGCGCAGCAGAAAUUUGUGGACGAGGGAACUACUGUUCAUUUUGUAUGCCAGGCGGACGGUGAUCCCGCCCCAGUCAUCAUGUGGCUCUCACCCCAGAAGCAGUUCAUCACGACCAAAACCAUCGGGCGGCUCACAGUAUUCCCCGAUGGCACCCUUGAGGUGCGCUACGCUCAGAUUCAGGAUAAUGGCACGUAUGUGUGUAUAGCCAGCAAUGCCGGUGGCAACGACACAUCUCUUGCCCACCUGCAUGUCCAUAGCUACUCUCCAGACUGGCCUCACCAACCCAACAAGACCUUUGCAUUCAUCUCCAACCAGCCCAAUGAGAAUGGUGCCAAUGGGACCCGAACCAACGUCCCUUUCCCCUUCGACAUAAAGACCUUAAUCAUCGCCACCACCAUGGGAUUUAUAUCGUUCCUCGGCGUCGUCCUCUUCUGUCUCGUCAUCCUCUUCCUCUGGAGCAGAGGAAAAGGCAACGUCAAGCCAAACAUAGAGAUUGAGUAUGUGCCACGCAAGUCAGACGCUGGGAUGAGCAGCAACAACGCAGACGCCCCUCGCAAGUUUAACAUGAAAAUGAUUUAACGGGACCAAGAGAGCAAACAGACUCUUAACUUGAAAUUGUAAAAAAAAAAAAAAGAAACG